AUGUCCGACCGCGAAGGUUUUGGCGGCGGCGACGACGAGCACACACUCCCCAAAGCGACUGUGUACAAGCUGAUCAGUGAAAUGCUCCCCGAGGACCUGUCAUGCGCAAAGGAUACGAAGGAGAUUAUCGUCGACUGUUGUGUUGAAUGGAUCAAACUCAUCUCGGCACAGAGUAACACGGUGUGCGAGGAGAGUAGCAAGAAGACAAUUUCGCCGGAACACGUCCUAGAGGCUCUCAAGCAACUCGGCUUCGAAUCGUUCAUCUCCGAGGUCGACGAGUCCCACGGCGAGUUCAAGCAGAGCCAGAAAGACCGCCAGCGCAACCAACCCAACACGAACGGCAUGACACCCGAAGAACUCCUGGCGCUCCAGGAGAAGCUCUUCUCCCAGUCGCAGGCACGCUUGCAGGGCGGCGAUUAA